CCGCAGUGGCAGUGCCCCCCCCCCCCCCCCUCUGUCUUCCUCUCCUCCCCCGCGGCGGCGACCGCGACGGCAGCAUGGCGGAUUCAACGGCGAGGACAGUGAAGGAUGUGAACCCGCACGAGUUCGUCAAAGCGUACUCCGCCCACCUCAAGCGCUCCGGCAAGAUGGAGCUCCCUGAGUGGGUUGACAUUGUGAAGACUGCAAAGUUCAAGGAGCUCCCUCCUUAUGACGCUGACUGGUACUACAUCAGGGCUGCUUCGAUUGCAAGGAAGAUCUAUCUGAGGCAAGGCAUUGGUGUGGGUGGGUUCCAGAAGAUCUACGGUGGCCGCCAGAGGAACGGCUCACGCCCACCGCACUUCUGCAAGAGCAGUGGUGCCAUAUCACGCAACAUCCUGCAGCAGUUGCAGAAGAUGGGCAUCGUUGAUGUUGAUCCUAAGGGUGGUAGGCUCAUCACCUCCCAGGGAAGGCGUGAUCUGGACCAAGUGGCUGGAAGGGUUGCUGUUGCCCCUUGAGCAGUUUCAUCUUCUAUUUCAAUGAUGUCAUGUUUGAUGGUUGAGAUGGCUACAUUUUAUUUGCAGUUUUGAAUUAGGGCUUGCAUGCCUUUGUGGGUUCAGAGAAUUUAAAGUUGCAUGCAUCUAGUUAUGGCGCUGCACUAUAUUUUCCCAAAUGCCUAAUGCAAUAUCAGGACUCAAUUCUAGAACCAAAGAAAAGUAUGUUUUGGAAGUGCCUUUGAUUA